GUGACGCAUACAGCCACUUCCGCUCCUACAGGAAAAACGCUCGUGAAGUUUGUGAACGGGGCCACGAGCAGGAGAUGGGCUGAACCGCACCACUUCAGCGAUAAUAAAACGAGAAAAACGCUCGUGAAGUUUGUGAACGGGGCCACGAGCAGGAGAUGGGCUGAACCGCACCACUUCAGCGAUAAUAAAACGACAGUUACUGAUAUCAGAGAGAGGAGGGAAUGAGUAGUGUGAAGAUAGGUGGACAUGCCUUACGUGGACCGACAGAACCGCAUCUGCGGUUUCCUGGACAUCGAAGAAAUGGAGAACAGCGGCAAGUUCCUGCGGCGGUAUUUCAUCUUGGACACGCAGCAGGGUAGUCUGGUCUGGUACAUGGACAACCCGCAGAACCUGCCUGUAGGUGCCAAACACGUAGGUUCCCUCAGUCUCACCUACAUAUCCAAGGUCAGUGAUGCCACCAAACAGAGGCCAAAAGCUGAAUACUGUUUUGUCAUCAAUGCAGGAAUGAGGAAAUUCUUUCUGCAGGCUAAUGAUCAGCAGGAUCUUGUGGAAUGGGUCAUCGCGCUCAAUAAUGCAACCAAAAUCACAGUUCCUAAGUCAUCUGAUGCUGUUCAUUCUGAGAGUCAGAGGUUAGCUUCAAAUGGAAACAAAAAACAGGUCCCAUACAAGACCGAGAUCAUUGCAGGAGUGGCUGUCGUCACACAGACACAGCAGGAUGGAGAGGUGGGACACAGUGUUGGAGGAGAGAAGGUGGGCUUGAGGAAGGCUCAAAACCAUCCGCCAUAUUUGCACACUAGAGCAGGGCAGGAUCAGACCGUUAUUAAAGCAGGAUACUGCGUCAAACAGGGGGCUCUGAUGAAGAACUGGAAAAGGAGAUAUUUUGUUCUGGAGCAGAACUCAAUGAGUUACUUCAAGUCUGAACUGGAGAAGGAGCCUUUGCGGAUUAUUCUUCUGAAGGAGGUCCAUAAGGUGCAGGAGUGCAAACACAGUGAAAUAAUGAUGCGAGACAACCUCUUUGAAGUUGUCACAACCUCCAGAACAUUUUAUGUCCAGGCUGAUAGUCCAGAGGAGAUGCACAGCUGGAUCAAGGCUAUUUCAGGAGCCAUUGUGGCUCAGAGGGGCCCAGGCCGAUCCGCAGCCUCUAUGCGUCAGGCCAGAAGGCAUUCAAGCCCCUGUAUUCAGAGAUACACACCACGUGUCACUCAAGGCAGCACGUAUGAGUUCAUUGUUGGCGGCUCCUGUUUCUACCGCCAGCACACGAGUCACGCCAUCUCCUGGACGUCCAGCCCUGCUGUGUCAGCAAACCCAGAAUGCCGUAGUCCCACGAGGCCUGGCAUGGGACAGCGAGCACUUUAUGAGCCUGCUGCCCCUGCCCCGCCCACAUGCCCGCCUAUCAUUGCAAGAGACCCGCCUCUCCAAGUGACUCACGAAUCGCCAUGGCGACGACGUAGCAGCUUUGGAAUGUGUGACGCUCCUUUGCCCCAACUUGAUCUGGAUAGUGCGGAUCUUCCUGUCAGUGAGGUCUGACAGUUUUACAUUAAACUUUUACAACUGACCCUGAAAUAUUAAGGUGUGUGUGCUGAGUCUAGGUGAUGGAAGGAUGAUUUGGGGAUGGAUGACCAGGCGUUCGGAUCCAAACUGAUUCGACCCGACCUGUUGACCAAAUUCUGAACUUUAUAACAGGUUAUGUCGGAUAAAAAAGCUUCAGUCAUGUUAAUCUAAAACAGGAACACUACCACAAUGAUUCAGACACCAAAGAUUCUUCAAAGUACCUCCUAACCUUUGAGCGUCUAUUGAAAAGUGCUGAAAGAAAAGAAACAUUUGAGGAAUUAUGGAUUAAUUAUCACCUAAACUGAAAUUGUUUGGGACUGUGUCGGAGGAAGUGAAAAUUUGUGCUAUCCCAUGGAUUGGAAUUUGGAAAAGGCUGUUUGGGUGCUUGUGAGAAGCGAUUCCUGUUCAUAUCCAAGAAUUCCCAUUUACUGAGCAUUACUGAACGUACUUCAGUUUUCCUGUUUUUUUUCUGUACAGUUUCUUAUUUUUAAAAGUUAUUCUAU